UUUCAGAUGGCAGGAGGAAUCUUCACCCACCUGGAUAAUCUGUGCAGUGUGGACUGUGCUAACGUCCACCCCCUGGUGUGUCACCUGUGCCACGAGCAGUACCAGUCCCCGUGUCUGUUGGACUGCUACCACAUCUUCUGUGCUCGCUGCCUGCGAGGCCGGACCAAUGACAGCCGUCUCAGCUGCCCCCUCUGUGGUUACCCCUCCAUAGUGAAAGGAAGCAGCUCACUGCCACCAGAGGACCGACUGCUGAAGUUCCUGGUCGACAACAAUGCGGACGCUGAGGAGUCGGUGCAGUGUGCCAACUGUGACCAGGAGAGCAGCAAGAAGGACGCAGGGGGGAUGUACUUCUGCAACACUUGUAGCCAGCCACUUUGCAGCGCCUGCAGGGAGUUGACUCACAAGGCCAGAAUGUUUUCCCACCAUGAGAUCGUGUCCCUGGCCAAACGCACAAGAGCCAAACACAGGAAGUGCUCUCUCCACGAGGAGCCCUACAUCCUGUUCUCAACAGAGAAUAAGUCAAUGCUUUGCAUCAAGUGCUUCAGAGACAUGCAAGUGGAGAGUCGGACUCACUGCAUUGAUAUUGAAACAGCUUACGUGCAGGGCUGUGAGAUGUUGGACCAGGCUGUGCUGGUGGUGAAGGAGCUGCAGACUUCAGCCCGAGAGGCGAUCGUUCUGCUGAGAGCCAUGGUUGGAGAAGUGUGUCUGAACGUGGAGGAAGAAGAGAGUGCAAUCUGUACUCUGUUCAACAGCUUGCAGGAGAAACUAGCAGAGAGGAAGAAGAUCCUGCUCAAAGCUGCUCAGAGUCAACAUGAGGAGAAGGAGAAAGCACUAAAGGAGCAGCUCUCGCACCUAACUGCCCUCCUACCAACCCUCCAGGUGCACCUCGUCACCUGUUCGGCGUUCCUCAGCUCAGCCAACAAGUUCGAGUUUCUGGACAUGGGCUACCAACUGAUGGAGAGGCUGAAGAGGAUUGUAAAGCUCCCUCAUCGACUGAGACCAGUGCAGAGCAGCAAAAUCAACACCGACUACAGAAGUGAGUUUGCUCGCUGUCUGGAGCCUUUACUGCUGCUGGGUCAGCGCUGCCCUCCUUCUGCUGUCGGAUCUAUAAGUGUUGCAGCGAGGCACCAGUCCCCCCUCUCCGUGUCGUGCCGCUCCCCGUCUCUCAGUGACAUGCCCCUGGGCUCGGUUUGCGGGCGAAGGCCCACCUGUCACCGCAACAUCUGCACCAAGGUCCUCCUGGCCGAGGGGAGGGAAACACCCUUCACCGAGCACUGCCGCAACUACGAGAACACCUACAGGACCCUCCAGACAGAGAUUCAGAGUCUGAAGGACCAGGUCCAGGAGCUGCACCGAGACCUGACCAAGCACCACUCCAUCAUCAACACGGAUAAGAUGGGAGAGAUCAUGGACCGAUCGCUGCACAUCGACAGCCGGAUUGCCUCACAGUACUCCACCGUGGAAACUAUGAGAGUCAUGUUUGAAGAGAUCUGGGAUGAGACUUUUCAGAGGGUCACUAAUGAGCAGGAGAUCUACGAAGCCCAGCUUCAUGACCUGAUGCAGCUGAAGCAGGAGAACUCUUACCUAACCACAAUCACCAAACAGAUCAGCCCGUACAUCCUGUCCAUCGCCAAAGUCAAGGAGAGACUUGAGCCCAGGUUCCAGGAGCCUAAAGAGCAGCAUGAUGACCGCACAGAAACUAUGCAGAAAAUCUAUGAGGACAGCACGAUUGCUAAAGACACUCAAGACAGUAACGACCAAACUGGUGUCACAGAGCAGGACAGACAGAAGAACAUCUGGGAGUCGGGGGGGGGGGGGUCAGCUGUCAGGACCAAUCGUCCGAGCAGGCCGCGGGUUCCCACAGAGACGUCCAGCCACCACAAAGAGAUGCCUUCAUAAACACCAUGUCAUUUGAUUUCCCCCUCCCCUCCUCUCCUCUCUCCCCUCCCUGCUCCUGCGCCUUAAGUCAGCCAUAACAAGCCCGGGACGGUAUGUGACUGCUGCUGUCUGGAUACUGUACGUGACAUUUUCACAGCGGUGUGGAGCUGUCAGCGGCUCCAAGGUGAACUCUCGGAUAGACUCCGACUGGAGGUGCAUACGUGGAGGUUAAAGUGCUGCAAGUGGACAUCCUCCUUGUAGAAAACAUUAUAAAGUUAUUUAAGAGACUGCUUUAAUGAGGAAACACUGAAACAUAAUCUACUUUUGCAGCUCUGUUUGUGUUUUUCCUUUUAAAACGAUAAGUAUGCUGAGAGUGUGAAUUAUCGCUCUGUCCUUUUUUUCUACAGUGUGUGUGGAAUUGCUUUUUUGCAGCAUCUAUUCUUUGCAUAAAACAUUUUGUGUGUGUGUGUGUGUUGGGGAAGCUGGAAGCUGAUGAUGGAUGACUGCCCAGGUCCGAUUCCCCCUGAAGAUUGUUGAACCGGUGUGACAGCGCAGAUGGAACACAGCAAAUGCAAUGAUGUGUGUGUCAUUCUGGGUGUCAGUGUAGGUCACAUGUUGAUGUGUGUCUCCUACAAAAUGAAGCAGUCAUUUCCAGGAUGUGCAGUCUGGGUUUUUUUCCUUUUCCCCAUCCGCAGUUUCUACAUCUACAUGCAAAAACCUAGAAUUACAGAGGUGUGUGAAUGUAACUGGCCUUCCCUUAACCUCGAUCUCCUGCUAGUUUUUUUAGACUCCACACUCCUCCUCAAUAUCCCAGCCGACCAAGGAAAUAUAUUCCUCCUGGUGUCGACUCUAUCGCACGUCAGUGUCAGCAGCUUGCUUUAAGGCAUUUGCCCUGCAGGAAAUCAGCAGGUAACUUUCCCUUUUUCUCCCACACUUCCCCUCUCCGUCCUUUCUUUCUUCCCCCUAUAUAUUCCUCUUAAUUAAUCAUGUUGGUGUUUUAAACAGAUGCCACGUUAAAAACUGACAAAAAGUGCAACAGAGAGUCUGAUUUUCUUAUGAAAUAUCUAUUAUAUAUUGUCAGCUACCACCACUCCUGUGUUGUAGUGGCACUUUGUGUUAAUUUAUAGUAUUGAAAGGCUGAUUGAUCAUUAAAACACCUGAGCAU